AUGUCUAUAUACUGCUCGUCGGUCUCUCAGGACAGCUCAGCUCGGCUUCAAGCUCUCUUAGCUCAACAGCAGGUGACUGCAAACGAUGACAUCAGAGUGGCCGAUGAUAUAACCACCUCAAUCACCCCCGCAUAUCAGUACCAAGAAGAAAAUGCUGGGUUCUAUCAAUAUGUUCUGUUCCUCGGUAUUGGUGCACACCUCGCUGGUGUAUCUAUACAUCACUACUCGGGCAACAGUCUGGACCUUCUGCACGACAAUAAGUCCGGAUAUCAUGGGAGUACAUAUGAGUCAGUCGCUAGUGCGUUCGAGGACCCUGGGACCAUCCUCGCAGCUAAUGAUGGUCACACCAUCUCGUCGAUGAGUGUACCUGGAGGCCCGGGGUUAGACACAACGCUGCGGCAGAUACAACUCACCUCUGGCACUCACCAAGGGUCUACCACCGAAGACCCUGAUCCAACUUCCGGUGUCUUGCUUCUCUGUAUUAAGAACCAAUUUCAUCAGAGAAUGUUGGUUCGGCUCCUCAUCCUUAUCUUGGGCCACCUCCUCGGGGUCGCCAUUACGCUCUCAGUGGCAGUAACGCCAGCUCGUCCUCUGAAUGCUCUCCCCUCCAUCGGGGAUGACAGCAGCCCUAUCAUGUUCGGACAGCUCGCCGCUUCCUUCAUCUCGCCAUUGCUCUUCACCAUCAUAUCGACUGCAGAGGCGCCGGCUUCCCUUCGAACACGAAUGCUCUCUUUCCACUUCGACCUGCUGGUACUUGGUGUCCUGAUUUCGAUGGUUUCUCUGAUCCUCCACGUCCGCUGGCCUGGCGAGUACAGAGCUGCCGAUAUUACGACCAUCGUGAGUGUGAUGUUGACCGUCUUGGGUGGGUGGCAGUUUCUGGAGAAAUCAUGGAAAGAAGUUGAUGAGAAGGGACGAAGAACCAGUGAUGUUGAGCUCAGAACGUGGGAGGAAUGA